CGCAGCUGACGGAUCCACGGAGGGAGAGAAGGAGGAGGCUGAGUUGACACUGUGACAGACUCACGCAGGGACUCAGUGGAUUAAUCGUUAGCCGGUCGUCUGUCCGUCUGUACCGACUGUUAACCGACCACCGGAGGACCCGAGCCCGCAGCUCACCGCCUCGGUACCGGAGCCCCGCACAGUCCCGGAGCUUUAACGGGACCAGAGAGACGCUGCUUCAGAUUCCUGUGUGAUCGUGAGAAGAUGGGGUUGAACUGAGCGGAGCAGCAGCAGGAACGAGCUGUGUGAAUAUUUCCCGUCACAAUCCAGUGUGAGAUCUGACCCUCAGAUCCCUGAAGCUGCCUCCACAGACCUGCAGCAGGUCGAGAAUCAACUGAACCACCGCCACACAAUUCACCUGGCUUCACCCCACAGAGGAGGAGAUGGAGAACUGACUGGAGACCAGCAGGCAACAGAAGGCAGCCUCUCCCGCCGCCCACCAGCAGCCAUGGCGGGGCUUAAACGCCACCACGAUGGGAAGAUCGCCGGGCUGUACGACCUGGACAAGACGCUGGGCCGUGGACACUUUGCUGUGGUGAAACUGGCCCGGCACGUAUUCACUGGGGAAAAGGUGGCAGUGAAGGUGAUAGAUAAGACUAAGCUGGACCCGGUGGCGCGGGGGCACCUUUUCCAGGAGGUGCGAUGCAUGAAGAUGGUGCAGCACCCCAACGUGGUGCGCCUCUAUGAGGUCAUCGACACGGCCACCAAGCUCUACCUCAUCCUGGAGCUGGGAGACGGAGGAGACAUGUACGACUGCAUCAUGAAGCACGACGGAGGCCUCACUGAAGAGGUGGCCAAGUGUUACUUUGCCCAAAUCGUCCACGCCAUCUCCUACUGUCACCGGCUGCACGUGGUGCACAGGGACCUGAAGCCGGAGAACGUGGUGUUCUUCGAGAAGCAGGGCGUCGUGAAGCUCACCGACUUCGGCUUCAGCAACCGCUUCCAGCCCGGGAAGAAACUCAACACGUCCUGCGGCUCACUGGCGUACUCCGCUCCUGAGAUUCUGCUGGGGGACGAGUACGACGCUCCUGCUGUGGAUAUCUGGAGUCUGGGGGUGAUCCUCUUCAUGCUGGUCUGCGGUCAGCCCCCCUUCCAGGAGGCUAACGACAGCGAGACGCUCACAAUGAUCAUGGACUGUAAAUACACGGUGCCGCCACACAUCUCCAAUGCAUGCAGAGACCUCAUCGCCCACAUGCUGCAGAGGGACCCCAAGAAACGAGCGACCUUAGAUGAGAUCGGGGCCCACGAGUGGCUCCAAGGUGUCGACCCCUCCCCGGCCACGAAGCUGUCCACCCCUCUGGUGUCCCAUCGCAGCCUGUCGGAGGAGGAGCACGGCUCCAUCAUCCAGCGCAUGGUGCUGGGGGGCAUCGCAGACCGAGACGCCAUCACUGAGGCUCUGGAGUCAAAUCAGUACAACCACAUCACAGCUACAUACUUCCUGCUGGCUGAGAGGAUGCUGAGGGAGAGGCAAGAGAAGGAGCAGCACAGCCAGACGCGAUCGCCCAGCCCCAGCAAGGCCCAGUUCAGGCAGUCCUGGCCCACCAGAGUGGACGUUCACCAGGAUGUCAGUGAUGGCUUGGGGGGCCCGACUAUCUCCCACCCCGGGGGGCCACAGUCACCUGCCCGCAGUGCUGAGAGCCUCCACAAAGGCCCCAGGCCCAAAACCGCCCUGCUGGACCUCAGCCAGCGGCAGGACAACCAGCAGCAGCCUGCGCGACAGAACCAGGAGAGGGGGCUCAGGCCUCUGGUGAAGCCCCACUCCAACCCCCUCAGGCUGGGCUCUCUGACCUCGGUGGGCCCCUGCAAACCUCGCAGUCCCAGCCUCUUCAGUGUGGAGGAGGAUGAGGAGGAAGAAGGGGAGGAAGACAAAUGUUCCCCUUCAGCGCUACCUGCUCAGGUGGUGCUUCGCUGCAAAGCCUCCUCGUCGUCUAUGUCUUCUGCUAACCGGCUGACGUCCCGCAUGAGUGCUCCAGUUCUUAACCAGAUCCACGAGGAGGAUAAAGAGGAUGAGGAAGAGGAGGAGAGGAGGGAGCUGCAUGGAUUCGGCCCACCCAAACCCAGCCUGAGCCUCAAUCUGAACUCUAGAAUACCGUCACCGCCAACGCUCAUAUCAUCGCCGGAAACUGUUGGUGUAUCAGCACCGGUUGCCGCUUUCACCCCGAGCUCAGAGACGAGUGACGAAGAGACAGAAAGUCACCACAAACCAGAUACGGCAAGUGUGUGCGGACAAGGGGACGAGAGAGCAGGGGGGAAGGAGGAGAGGGAGAAAAGGGGGUCAGGGCAGGGCAGCCCCUCCAACUGUGCCAGUCCUGGAUCGGGUUCAGGCCAAGGCAAGGGAACAGCCAAAGCUGCCAGCGGCCUGGUGGAAAGCCUAAAGCUGAUGAGCCUGUGCCUGAGCUCUCAGUUCCACACCCUGACAGGGGGAGGAGGGGGAGGGGGCAACGGUAGCGGUGGUGUUGUUGCGGCGGACAACCAGGACCGCCCCAUGUGGAGGAUGUGCAUGGGCGGCUCCACCGGCAGCCUGGAUAAGGUCUCGCUCUUGGGCGGCCCCUCACCCAGGGGGAACUUGUACCACCACCAGCCCCCGCUGGGAGACGCGCUGGCGGACCCGCUGCUGGAUGGACCAUGCACGGGCACACUGAGGCUGGGAGAGCUGGACCUGGCCCGGGAGAACCACAGGAAUAUGAAGAACCGCGUGCUGCAGCUGCCUCUCAACGACAAGACUCUGUCCGUCAACAUCCACCGCAGCCCCAAGGAGGGUCUGCUCUGCACGCCCACCCCACACAGCUGCUGCCAGGUCAUCUAGAGCGCUGCACCUCCACACUCCUCCACAGUACAUCCCCUCAUCAUCCUGCUUCGGUUUCAGCCACCACUGGCUCAUGAGUUUGUUAGUUUUGCAUUUUAUGCAGUUUCCGUUUAUUUAACACUUACGGUGGAUCACUGGGAGAAAGUCCAAAUGCCUACUUUGCACAUUUAGAGACGCAAAAUGUCUCCGCGGAGGAGACUGGGUGCCAUGCCAAGUAUGUGAAGCACUUUCAGCAGAUUAAACAGGACACUAAAGGGACAUUUUAACCUGCUGGUGUGUUUGAAUAAGAGACAUUAAGUAUGGAGAGACAAACACAGGAGGUGCUCAUAUCCCCGCUCUUACACACCUAUAUAUACACACUGUAUGUACACAUUUUGUGCACAUCCACACGCACACUUAUAUCACUCUGAUAAGCUCAUAAAAGGGAAAGUGGAUGAGUUUUAUUCUCAUGUUACAUGUCGUCUUUUGUUGUACUUGAUGCUGUUUUUUUAAAGCCAUUCUUUUUUAAAAAGUUCUUUUUGGAGAAAAUUGUUUUAUCCUUUUUUUACUCUGACUGAAAGAGUUAAGUUAUACGCGUGUGUUUUCAUUCAAACGAGGACGAAGAUCAGGGUGAAAACGGACCGCAGCACUUGAGUAUGAUGGUGGCACACAGUAUUUUGUAGUCUAUCACUGUUUUAUUUUUCUAUCUCGAACGUGCUCUGCAGACUCAGAAAGAAAAGGCACACUCACUUGUCAAGUCUCGGCAGAGUUUGUACAUAUGUGAAUAACCUCCUAGCAGUACUCUGUACCUGUAGUAUUGACGGUAAAGUUGUAUUGCAGUAGAAACCUGAAUACUAGAUCCUUAUACACCGUUAUUCGUCACGCCUACUGGAUGUCCACGGUUUUGGUUGAACCCAGAGAGAACUGUGUUUGACGACAGGACAAGAACUCUGGAAUGAAACUAAAUUAAUACACAAGUAACGGCAGCUCUUUAAAUUCAAAGCGAAUGACGUCUGGGUGGAACCUGAACUAUGUACAUCCAGUAGCUCUCCAGGAUCACGGUAGCCACUGUUGUAGCGUAUUCCAAGACAAAAACAACAAAGGGGUUUGAAUAGAACAUAACAACAGUGCCCCUUCAAGUAUCGGUCUGUGUAACUGGAUGUGUGACCCACCCCUAGUGGAAUAUAUAACUGACAGUGCAUGUGUUUUGCUGUAGCAACCUUAUUCUUACCCACUGAGGUCAAUCCACCUGCUGUAUCUACCUACGUAACAGAUUCAAACGGUCACUUUACUGUAGCCUCACAGCAAUACCAGCGACUGCAAAAUGUACAACAAAAAUGGAUGUGCCAUAAAAUCUGUCUUGAGCAUAUUGUACUGUAUGUAUAUGAUAGAGAUCUAUUAAAAUGAAAUGAUGUGAA